AUGGCAAACGAUAUGGGCAAUCAGUUGUUUAUUUCGUGCCAAUACAACCAGGCAAUUCAUUGUUAUACACAAGCUAUUGCUAAGCAGCCAAAUAUAUCUUCGUACUACUCAAAUCGAGCCUUGUGUUAUAUUCAUAUGCAAGAAUAUUUGAAGGCUUUGUCAGACUGCAGAGAAGCGAUUGAGAUUGAUCACAAUAACUUAAAAGCCUAUUUUUUUGCUGGACAAGCACAUUUUGGACUAAAUCAGUAUGAAGAAGCACUAGGAAAACUGGUACAUGCCCAUAAUUUAGCUUUAGAACAACACCGUGACUUUGGAGAUGAUAUAACUUCUCUCAUUCGACUGGUUCGGAGAAAACGUCUUGAAGCGCUGAAUGAGGAAAGAAAGAAGGAAGAAAUUUCUCUACAGGUAUAUCUGAAUAAGUUAAUUUUGGAUGAUGCUGCUCGUCAAAAGCAAGUUUUAUUAUCGACGUCAUCUGGAACUGCUCGAAGCAACAAUAUCACACUACCCAACCUUACUAUGCCUGACUCUCCCCAAAUUAACGAUGAAAAUUGUUCAGAAAAUAUUCCAGCAGAACUUAAGGAAAUAAUUUCAGAUAUAGAUAAUGCAUCUCAGAAACGUAUUUCAGAGCUCAAUGAAUUAUUCACUAAAGUAGAUGAACGUCGGCAAAAAAGAGAAAUUCCAGACUACCUUUGUGGUCGUAUUAGCUUUGAUCUUAUGCGAGAUCCUGUUAUCACACCAAGUGGAAUUACCUACGACAGACCAUCAAUCACUGCACACUUACGACAAGUUGGACAUUUUGAUCCUCUAUCACGCAAGCCACUGACAGAAGAUCAGCUUAUACCAAAUCUGUCAAUGAAAGAAGUUGUGCAAGCCUUUCUUGAUGAAAAUCCGUGGGCUGAAACUGUAUAG